CGCACUGGCUGCCAGCGGCGGCGGCGAUGGCGGCUACAGCUGUGGCCACCCCGGAGGUCCCCCGGGAAUGCGGCUGCAAGGGCAUCCGGAGCUGCUUGAUCUGCGAGGACCAGAGCGGGGACGACCCUCCCUGGCAGCACGCCCCACAGAGAAACCGUUUCAUAUACUCGGACAUGGGCUGGGCCGUGGGGACUGAGCAGUCGGACUUUGAGGGCUGGGCCUUCCCCUUCUCCGGGGUGACGCUGAUCGAGGACUUCGUGACCCCUGAUGAGGAGACCGAGCUGGUGCAGCUGAUGGACCGGGACCCCUGGAGGCUCUCGCAGUCUGGCCGGAGGAAGCAGGACUACGGCCCCCGGGUCAACUUCCGGAAGCAGAAGCUGAAGACGGAGGGGUUCAGCGGGCUGCCCGCCUUCAGCCGGGACCUGGUGCGGCGCAUGGGCCUGUACCCGGCGCUGGCCGGCUUCCAGCCGGUGGAGCAGUGCAACCUGGACUACUGCCCCGAGCGCGGCUCGGCCAUCGACCCCCACCUGGACGACGCGUGGCUGUGGGGGGAGCGGCUGGUGAGCCUCAACCUGCUGUCCCCCACCGUGCUGACCCUCACCCGGGAGGAGUCCGGCUCCCUGCUGCUCUCCCUGGCGCCGUCUGACCUCCCUGAGGCGUGGGGUGGUGGCCUGGUGGCCGCCGGCAGGUCCGUGCCAUGCCAGGAGGUGGAAGUGGCCGUGCCGCUGCCCCGCCGCUCACUGCUUGUGCUGGGUGGCGCCGCCCGCCACCAGUGGCACCACGCCAUCCGCCGCCGCGACAUCCAGGCCCGCCGCGUGUGCAUCACUUUCCGCGAGCUGGCGGCCGACUUCCUGCCCGGCGGGCAGCAGCAGGAACUGGGGCAGGAGCUGCUGCGCAUCGCCUUGUCCUUCCAGGGGAGGCCCCUGUGACGC